AUGCCUCGAUUACUCAAUAUAUCAUUGCAGAACAACAAGCUUCAAGGUCCGUUUCCAGUUUUCCCAGAAAGCGUGUUGGUAUCCCUCGGGACAAACAACUUAUUCUGCAAGAAUGUUCCAGGAGAUUGCAAUCCUCAAGUCAUGACAUUGUUAAAGGUUGCUGGAGCAUUAGAUUAUCCAUUGAAACUUGCUGAGGCAUGGCAGGGUAACAAUGCGUGCAGCAAAUGGCCGUUUGUGACUUGCGAUGCGUCUGGGAACAUCAUUAAAGUUAAUCUAUCCAAGCAGGGAUUUACGGGUACCAUUUCGCCUGCUUUCGCAAACUUGACGUUUUUGAACGAGUUGUACUUGAACGAUAACAACUUGACGGGUACUAUACCCGAAACUUUAACAACCUUGAAACGGCUCAAACAACUGAAUGUAUCCAACAAUGAUCUGUCGGGUGAAGUGCCAAAUUUUAAGUCCUCCGUGACUGUUCUUGUAGCGGGGAACAAAAACAUUGGACGCAGCAACAACAGCACUACCACCCCUGCAGACGAAAGACACAAAUCUUUGACAAAAACUGCUAAGAUACUGUUAGUAACCUUGAUUCCUACGAUUUUAAUGGCUGCGUUAUGGUUUUUUGUAUAUGCAUAUAAGAGAAAAUGGUGGUUAGAACACGACGAGGAUGCAGAACAAUGGAACUUGCACGUAGAACUUGAUUCUCCGCUGACGUUCAAAUACAAUAACUUAAAAAUGGCAACCAACAACUUUGAUGACAACAGGAAACUCGGUGGAGGUGGCUUUGGUACUGUUUACGAAGGAAAAUUAGAUGAUGGAACACGCAUUGCUGUUAAGCGUCUGGAUCACGUUGGACAAGGAAGGAAGGAAUUUUUGACAGAAGUUCAGACAAUAGGAAGUAUACACCAUGUAAACUUGGUGAAACUGGUUGGGUUUUGUGCAGAAAAAGUCCAAAGACUUCUAGUGUAUGAGUACAUGAGCAAAGGAUCACUAGACAAAUGGGUUUUUAACUCCGAUUCGAAACAUGCCCUUACUUGGGUAACUAGAAGAAAAAUCAUUCUGCACAUUGCUAAGGGACUUGCUUAUUUGCAUGAAGAUUGUCAAAAGAGAAUAGCCCAUCUCGAUGUAAAACCCCAAAAUGUGCUUUUAGACGAAGAAUAUAACGCAAAGUUAUCUGAUUUUGGCCUAGCGAAGCUAAUCGAUAGAGACCAAAGUCAUGUAAUGACUCAAAUGAGGGGAACUCGCGGGUAUCUUGCGCCCGAAUUUUUAGGCAGGAAGAUCAUGGAAAAAGUCGAUGUGUACAGCUACGGAGUUCUAGUGAUGGAAGUUGUGUUUGGUAGGAAGAAUUUGGAUUACAGUCGGCCUGACGAGAGUAAGACACUGAUUCAGAUGGUUAAAAUGAACGUUGAAGCAAAUGAAUUUUCGGGUUUACUCGAUGAAUGUGGUGAGGAUGUGCAACAAUAUGCUGAGGAAAUAAAGAAAACCUUAAUUUUGGGUGUGUCAUGUUUGCAUAGUGAACCAGAAAAGAGGCCAUCUAUGUCAACAGUGGUUAAAGUUUUAGAGGGUGCAUCUAUUUCAGAGGCUGUAAAUCAGUACUCCUUGACAGUUAUGACAGUUGAUGGAACUUUAACUAAUGAAGAUGCAACUCAACUUUCUCCAUCGAUUUUAUCAGGACCCAGAUAA